CAACUGCGAGCAUUGACGCGUCUCUGUCUUCAAGUAAUCCCUGGUUCCAAGGGGAGCUGUCCCUGUGCAGCCCCCUGACGGCUCGGGGACUUUACUGGAACUGGACUCGAGCGGGCGAGGUUGCUGUGCAAGCUUGUCCCGGCGGCGCCACGGGAGUGGCAAAGUGGCGCUGCAGCCCUUCUUCCAUGUGGGAGCCGGAAACCCCCGAUUUGAGCGAGUGCCGCUCAGUCUGGCUGACCAGCCUUGAAUCUCGAGUACAAGAGGGAGAUUCGUUAAUCAGUAUUGCCAAUGAUUUGUCUCAGGUCACCAGUAGCAAAACUUUGUAUGGAGGUGACAUGAUGACAACCACUAAAAUUAUGAAGGCUAUGGCAGAGAAGCUAGCAAAAGACAGUCAGACCUUUCCAGAUCUUCAGCAAAGAGAAGCUAUUGUGACUGAGCUGUUGCAUGGAGCCGUCAGAACUGGGUCCAAUCUUCUCGACACUGCCCACAUGCCAAGCUGGCACGAUUUAAGUUAUCGUGAGCAGAUGCUAGUUGCCACCUCUUUACUCAUUGGGCUUGAAGAGAAUGCAUUCCUGGUAGCUGAUGCUGUUGUGACAGAGAAAACUGUGAUACAAUCUUUCAAAAAUAUUUUACUCAGUGUCAGGGUCCUAGAAAAUCGCAGUAUAGGCCUAACUGAACAGUUUCCUACUGCUGCUGCUCUCAAGACAUGGGAUGGUCGUCUUGUGUCAGAUGGAGACUGGUUGGAACUUCCAAGGGGUGCCCUUCUAGACAAUUCAGACAAGGGACUGGUUCGCUUAGUAUUUGUUGCAUUUGAUCGCCUUGAGGAAAUUUUACAGCCUAAAGGAGACCCUGUUGAAAACAGUGUUGGUGUCAUUAGCAACGUCACACGAGUACUCAACAGCAAAAUCAUUUCAGCAUCUCUUGGUAAAGGACGCCACAUCCAACUUUCAGAGCCAGUUCGCCUUACACUUAAACACAUACGAACUGAAAAUGUUAGCAACCCUUCUUGUGUGUUUUGGGAUUAUACCAUGAGUACAUGGUCAGAGGAAGGCUGCCGAGUACGCAGCAAUAAUCAAACACACACAGUCUGUGAAUGUGAACAUCUCACAAACUUUGCUGUUCUUAUGGAUGUCCAUUCAACACUGCUACCACAAGUUCAUCAAGCAGCACUGCAAGUGAUCACCUACGUUGGCUGUGUCAUAUCAGUUGUUUGUCUGGUCCUUGCCAUCCUCACCUUCCAACUGUUUCGUGGACUUAAGUCGGAUCGCACAACAAUCCACAAGAACCUGUGCAUCUGCCUGCUUCUUGGAGAACUCCUUUUCCUGGCUGGGAUUGGGCGAACGGAUACACCCAUCCUAUGUGGUGUCGUUGCUGGACUUCUCCACUUCUUCUUCCUGUGUGCCUUUGCUUGGAUGUUUUUAGAAGGUUUUCAACUGUAUGUCAUGCUAAUAGAAGUUUUUGAAGCGGAAAAAUCACGAGUCCGCUGGUAUUACUUGUUUGCAUAUGGUGCACCACUUGUGGUUGUAGCAAUCUCUAGUGUCGUGGAUCCUUUUUCUUAUGGCACUGAGCAGUACUGUUGGCUACGUGCUGACAACUUUUUCAUCUUCAGCUUUGUUGGCCCUGUGAUAGCUGUGAUUCUUGCCAACUUAGUAUUUUUGGCAAUGGCAAUAUUCAUGAUGUGUCGCCAUGCCAGCUCAGCAGUGGCUAUGAAGAGCAAGGAACAUUCUCGCCUAGCUAGUGCAAAUGGGAAAGAAGAGAAUGCCCUUCAAACCAAAUUACAGUCACAUCUGGCCUGGUUGAGAGGUGCGAUCGUUCUGGUGUUCCUUUUGGGCCUCACCUGGACCUUUGGUCUCCUGUACCUGAACGAGCAGACAGUAGUGAUGGCCUACAUUUUCACCAUCUUGAAUAGCCUUCAAGGACUCUUUAUAUUUAUAUUUCAUUGUGUUCAAAAUGAAAAGUCCUUCCUACAGCAGGGCUGGAACUCACGCAGCCUGCGUUCUUCAGGCAAGGGCCUGGGCAGCAGCACCUCCAACACGGUGGUGGUCGGCCAGGUGACCCACAUGCCCGCCCACAACCCCAUCCCCAUCCCCGUGCACGGGACCACCAUCGAGAAUGGGGGCCCCGUCCUCGUCAAUGACAUGGACCCCAAUGGCUCAGCGCGCACAGCUUCGUCCCCCCUAGAGAACCGAGUCUCGACCUUGCCGUACUCCAGGUCCAACUCCCGAGGCCACCUGCCCAAAUCCUCUUCCUCUUGGGGCUCUCUCCACAAAAACAUGUCUCCGAAAAACUACAGCCGUGAGCAGCUCCGCCACCAGCACCUGGAGCACGUGAUGAGCAGCCCGCCGAACCACUACAACGGCCUGCAGGUGCACCACAUCGCCGGCCUGGGCCACCACGGCCACGGUCCCCACGACGUGAUCGGGCACGCCGAGGACGUCGCCAACGCGGCCAACGCCAUGGGCCGCAUGUCCUCGCUGCGGAGCGGCUCCAGCAGCCGGCGCGCGCACAGCCCCUGGAACCACACCUACACCGAGAUCCGGGAGCGCGAACGCGAGCGAGAGCGCGAACGGGAGCGGGAGCGCGGGCUGCGCAUGGACGACCCCGUGUACGAGGAGAUCGAACGCGGCGGGGAGGUGCACGCCUCGGACUUCUCCGACGACGACGGCCGGCGGCAGAGCGACAUGAGCAGGCAGUCGUCGCGGAGCUACGGCGACCACCGGCCGCUCAUUCCAUACAGCCCGGGCGCCGGCCCCACGGCGCCACUGCGGUACGUGCCCAACGUGAACCAGUGCGACAUCGCGCGCACCGUGGCCGUGCUGGACGGCGACACCGUGGUGUGCCACCUGCAGCCCGACCACAGCCUGUACCCGCAGAGGACUCUGGGGCCCUACAACGAGUGCUACUCGCUGCAGUGAGCCGUUUCGGCAACGCUUUGGUUUGCCUCGGCCCUUAUUUUUCUACUUUCAUACCAUGAGAUAAAAGUUUAGAUCCGAGCUGUGUUGUCGCUAGAGCCAUUUUAUUCAAUUAGGACAGAAAGGACCCUUGUGUAAUGAAGAUUGCUUGUGAUAUUAUGUUAGAUUUGUUUAAAGGACUUCCUGAGUAAUGAUGUUGCGCUAGGAUUAAGUGUGUAGACAUAGAUUUGAAAGCUAGGCCCACGAUUUUGUUUCCUCUGACUGUUAGACUUGUUCAGUACUCAGUAUCACUGCGUUCAAAUAUGUUUUAUAAGGAGAGGACCUUUAGCAAAAGAAUCUUAAAUCUAAUAGACUGAUCCUUUUAUAAAACAUUGCUCUGUUUUCUAAGUGAAAACUGUUAGUGAAAACAUUGACUUUAUUAUUAUAUGUAAUUUUAGUAAUUUGUGUUUUGGGCCAUUAGGGUACUUAUAUGAGGGCUAGGAGCAGUCAUUUGCUUAGCCCUAACCAAUUUAAAUGUGAUAGUUGGGGUGCUUUACUCAAGCACUUCACACACACGGUUUUAAUAACUGUGCUGUUUUUGUCUAUAAAUGUAAAAUUGUGUAUUUAUAUGUACCAUACUGUGUCUGAUGAUUAUGGUGUGUAUUCGUAAGACAUGAAUGACCUGAUUCAUUUCAUUAUUAUGUUACCAAAUAUUUUCUCGGGGCUGUAAAUCAAUGAUCAAAUUUGUUUUGGGUUCAUUUUACACUGCACCAGCAUUUAAGAUUCUUGAAAGUGUUCUGUUUGUGCAUAGAAACCCUAUUUACUGAAUCAAGUUAAACUCUAUUGAAUUACAGCUCCGAAGGUUCUGCUUUGUAUGAUUGUGGACAGCAAAACUCUUGUACAUAUAAAUUUAAAAUUUGUAAAGAAAUAAAGUGCUAUUUAUUACAGUGAUUUCAUUGGUUGCAAUUGGAGGAUUCUGUUUUUCAUUUAAGAAUGAUUUUUAUUGAAGUUUUUCCAUUUUCAGCCUGUAGGUUUCUAUUGUUAAGAUUUUUGUUAUUGUUGUUUUUCCUAUUUCAUCCCGUCUCAUGCAUGUUCUUUUCUUUUUUACUCAUUUUCUUUGUAAUCAGGACAUUCCAGACGUUUUUGAGAUUGACUGGUUUGUGAUACAUAAAUACAUUUCAAUAUAGAAUUCAAAAGUAUGAAGCUCUAGAAAUAAGUAAGAGACUAUUUCAAAGGUUUUUCUGUGUACACCAAUAUUGGUUCUAUUCUUUGCAAAAAUUUGAUUGACUAUUAGAAAAGAAUCCGUGUUUGUCGUUA